CGGAAGCGACCUCAUAAAGACAGACACUGGGGACUUUUAGCAUCCCUCUUUUAAACUUUAAUUAUCCUGUUCUCAGAAGAGUCCUUAGUCAUUUCACAUUUUUACUUUUAGUAAUGCCUCCUAAAAGGCAAGCAGCAGACUCUACCGAGGCUCCUUCGUCCUCCAGCGAUGCUCCAAAGGAAGAGAAAGUUGAGAAAAAAUCAGAUGCUGCGGCGCUGAGCAAACCUGAGGCUCACCCCUCUACAGCCAUCAUGGUGAGAGAAGCACUCAAGGAGCUGGACUCACGUAAAGGCGUGUCGUCACAGGCCAUACAGAGCUACAUCAAACAGAAAUACCCCUCCAUCGAUUCGGUUCGGUUGAAGCACUUGGUCCGUAGAGCUCUGAGGAAGGGGAUCGAGACUGGCACGUUGGUGCGUCCUGCCAACUCCAACUUCACCACAGGCGCAAUGGGAAGAUUCAGGCUUCCACCAAAGGUCAAAGAGGCAAAGAAGGCAAAAACUGAGAACACAGAUCCAAAUGUUCAGAAGGAGCCCAAAACAACCAAGGAUGGAGCUGCAAAGCCCAAAAAAGCAGGUACCAAAAAAGGAGGUAAACAAGGAAAGAAAGAAACAGAGGGCGAGCAAGCUAAGACUAAAGAGGACUCAAAACCUGCUAAAAAGUCCAAGAAAGAUAAGGCACCUGCAUCAAAACCUGCUGCAGCAAAGAAACCGAAAGCUAAAAAAACUUCUGAGAAAGGAGGUGGAGAGGAAGCCUCUGAUUCUACCAAAACCAAAGCAGCAAAGACCAAAGAGACGGCGAAGACUGCAAAGGAGCCAAAGACAGGAAAAGCUUCCCAGAGUAAGGCUGCUAAAGCAGGGAGUGAUGCCCCUGCUCCUAAAGCCCCUGCAGGGAAACGAGGGAAGAAGGCAGCAGAGUAAAGUUAUGGUUCUUAAAUGUUUUAUACUGUUUUGUAUUUGCAAUAAAAUCUUAAUUUGGA